UAUUUAAUCGAUUGCAAGUGUUAUUUUAUGGAUAUAUAUUUUUAUUUUAAUGUAUUUCGCAUGAAUUUUUAGCAUGCAUAUUCUCGCUUCUAACGUCAUUAAAAAAAGAUAGACAAUGCGAGAGGCCAGAAGCCUUAAGUGUAACAUUUCAGCAAUUUCUUGUGGGACAGGAUAUAUAGUUAAUAUUAGUUAGCAUAUGGAAUAGAAUAACUCCAAACUAGAAAGAUUUCAAUCAUUCUUCACUCUGGAUGUCAGACAAGUCAUUACAUCAAUGUAUUGAAAUCUCCUUCACGCUUCAAUCUAUAACAAAAUUAUUACCAUCAAAUAACAUGCCCCUUGAAAACAACAAAUCUUGUAACUUCUAUAUUUUUCCUAUUGAUUGUAGUGACAAAGGUAAUUCAAGUGUACACAAUUAGUGGAACAUCUUAUCUGCUUAAAAGAGCUUUACGCAACAGCUUCAUAACCUGCAGAGUCUAUAUAUCAUAAAUUAAUUUAAUAAAUUAAUUGAAAUAAAUUAUCCCUGUCAAAUAUAUAUCGACGCACAAUUUUUGAUAUAUAUGUAGAAAUCUAACACAUAAAAAAUUUUUCUUCACAGAAAGAAAUCUUUCUGAGUGUCAAUUACUAUUUUUUUCUUAUAUUACAUAUAUCGGUAGCAUAUACCGAAUAUAAAGCAUGUACUACUAUAUUUAAUGUAUAUAUCUGUACAUACUUGUAUGUUCUUAACUCCUUGACUGUGUGGCAAAUAUGAGAUUUCCGUGCCACCAGCGUGUGAAAAAAUUUUUUCUUACAAAUCCGUUACGAUUCUAGUAUUAACGUAUUCGAGGUCGUUAAAACCGAAUAUGAUAUCAGAAUUUUAAAAUUGAAAAUGGCGAAUCGAAAUAUAAAAAUCCAAGUAUUUUCCAAUUUUUGAUCCGCCAUAUUGAAUCGGUUUUUUUUAAAGAUGUGCAUUAAUGUACAUUAUACACUGGUGACACGUGCUUUUUCUGUACACAUAUCAUACAUACACAUUCGAAGGGUUAAAAUUUGUCCGCGACAAACGACUUGGUAACUAAUCUUCGUAGUCUGUUUUUCACUUUCAGAUAGAUUACAUAUUGAAAAUAGAAAUAUGUAUACAGUCCCCUGACAUGCUGAAACAUUAGUAAAUAUUAUGUUAAUAUCCUUUGAGCAGUCUUAGACUAAAUAACUAUUUAAUCUAAGCUAUUUACUCUAAACUGUCUGUAUUCUCAUCUCUGUCAAGAUGUUGAAUUCUAAAAGUUUUACAUUUCUCUCUUAUAAUUCACAUUAUAGAUAAAGUAUUAUUUGGGAAUUACAUAGACAAUUGUUCUAAAUAAUGGCAUUAUCUUUUUACAGAGGGAAAAUUCCUCCCGAACGUUAUAAUCACUUUUUCAAUCCUAAUCUUUGUCACGUUUGCAAAUACAAAGUCCAAACGAAUUUGAAAUUAUGUUCGGAUUGUUCCAUGAUCUCUUACUGCAGCGAGGAACACAGACUGCAGCAUCGAACGCAACACAAAGAAAUAUGUGAAGCAAUAAAAGAAAUGAGUAGGACGAAACAUAUAUGGAUCACUCGUGGACUGACGGACGACGAAUGGGUCAAACAUAAGAAGGAGAAUCUGCAAGCUAUCAAGGCGAUUUUAUGUCGCAAAUUGGAGCCGUACGAGGAGCAGAUGUUCUUGUUCGCAAAAUCGUGCAGAAUUUGUCACCAACAACGAGAUGUAAAACUCGUUUGUAUAAAAUGCUGGCAGCUCAAUUGGUGCGAUGAUCACCAGUACAGUCCCGUUACACACGACUGUGAGCAAUUGAACAAAUCUUUGUUAUUGGAUAUCUACGAAUUCUUAGAGAAAGAAGAUGUGAGAAUACCACUAAUUAAUCUACCUGACUCUAUGACUCAUAUAGUUGAAAGUGGUAGCACAAAAGCAAUUGUUGACCGUUUUGUGAAAAAUGUACAUCCAGAGUUUGUCAAAUGGAAGUUCAUUGAUUACAUGUACUCCAAUGCCAUGUCGGGACCGUUGACAGUGCUUCAUACGAUAAAUCGUGUAAAUCCCUUGCUUUUGCUGAACCAACAGGAAACUUAUGUCCUACAUAUUAUAGCCGGAAGCUUGACGGAUAAGCAGAGUUUGUCAGCUUGGGAAAUGGCACUGCAUGUCGUGUUACCAUCAAAAAAAAUAUUAAUUAUAAUGAUAGAAUCAGAGUUAAAAAUUGAUGAAGAAGAUAUAGGGGAAUGGGACGUAUGUAUAGUGUGCCAAGCGAUGAAAAAUACGCUAACUUUUCAAGUACACAAUAUGUCGUACGAAUCUUAUGUGCAAUGUAGUUCCUACGAACCACCAGAUGUGGUUAUAGGUUUUAAUGUAGAAGUUAAGGAAUUAGAGGCAGACACUAUAAAAAUAUUACAGUGUCAGAAAUGUCCGGUACUUCUCACAUCUAUAUCAGAAUAUGAUAUGAAUCAAAAUAAAUUGGAAAUAAAUAAGAUACUAGAAAAGAGCCCAGAAAAUUAUGUAAAUGUGAACAACAAAUUUCAAUCUCACAGACCAUACAGAGACAUAAAGAAGGACAUCUUUUUCCCUAAUAAGUGUGUACUUUUCUAUCCAGUAUUAAAUAAAGAAAAUUAAAUUUAGUUUUAUACGGUAAAUUACAUUUUUGUAGCAAAUGCAUUCUUGCAAAUGGCAGUCGUUACAUCAUACUAAGCAAGAGAAAUCAAUUAGUCCUAGAUUUGUUUCGACCAUUGACUUCAAAUAUUUGGGCACAAUUAUUCUAUGUGUAAAAAGAAUGUGUAAAUAAUGGUAACAGAUAAAUAUAAUUAAAUAUAUGCUACGAAUGCUAUUUACUUAUUUACCGCUUCUUCGUAUACAUUCGGCUUUAAAUUAGCUCGCGCCGAAAUUAUAACAUUUAUAAUGAAUUUAAGUAUCAUUUUUUAAUAGUAAUGAUGAUUAAUAUAAUGUCAUCCACAUUUCUCACAUAGAAAAAGUAUGUGAAUAAUUUAUUAUAGUCAUCCCAUUAACAUUUAUAGAGAUCUGAGUAUGUUAUGUAUGAUAAAUUUUCUUCCUUCCGUUAAAGUGUCGAAGGAGCGUGUCAAGUUUCAAAUCUUAUACUAUAAACAAAAUAGUUUUCAAUUUUAGUUACACGGACCAAAUUCUUUCCUAGAGAUAAUGUUACAAUUUGCUUUGCAGUUGCAUAAAAUUUUAAGUUAGGAUAUAUCGUCUAUAAUAUAUUAUAAAUAUCGUCU